UGCGUUUCCAAUUGUUGUAACUCACCAUAAUGAAAACGGUUGAACUACCGACUCGCAGUGUUUGCUACAAAGUGAGUCAAAGUGAUCUGUUUUGUUAUCUUCUUUACAUGAAUUGGAAUUGCGUAAAACUGAUAAAUGCAAGCUUGCCUAAAAUCUUGUCGGGCUGAGUGAAUCAUCAUCGCUUUUUCAACUUGUUUGUCUUCCUACAAGUCAAGCAUAAAGUAUCUUAUUCACGGAAAAAACUUAUCAACAAAAACAUCAGUUGGUGAUACGCCGCUCUACGAAAAUGGUUUGGCAAACGAGCUCACCUAAGAAGAAAGCUAAGAGAAGGAGGGAAAAAGUUGAAAAGGAAACCAAACGGAAAUCUACGGAUGCCGUUCAUGGACCGAACGUUUCCCUACGUCAGCUGUACAACGAACGAGACAAACUGGCGCCAAUCGAAAUGUUUUCUCGGCUUCAAAAAAUAUUGGCUGGUUUAGAAGAGUUUCACCCAACUGACACGGAAGUCAUCUGGUUGAUCCUAGGUGGCCUAUCCAAAAGGCUUGGGGAUGUCGAUUUGAGGAAGAUGGCCAAGAUGAUGGAAAAGAAAAAAUUAUACCACCAGUUUGGUUUGUGUUGUACUAAUAUUUCAAGACUGGACAUCGAAAAUUCUGGUAAAAAGCUUAGGCUUGAAGAUUUGUUCAGAGCACUUUGUAAAACAACAAGCCUGUACAUUACCGUCGCGUCCAAUGCGGCUGUUGCUAUCCGCCCAAAUUUUUUUAUUGAUCUUUGUAACACAACUCAGGGCCAAUCCAUCCAGGAUCUUGGGCUCCAACCACGAAUUAUUGAACGUCUUCAGCUCAUUCAGAGUAUGCUAACCGGGGACAAGAUGCAAGAUGAUUCGGGAAACGAAACCCAAAACACGUCCGGCGAUAUAACAGCUUUAGGUUCUGGAACUUCAGAGGAGUCGUUACUUGGUGAACCACCAGACGACAUCACCGACUGGAACGUUGUACCAAAUCAACACGAUAUCUUCUGGCCGGAACAAGUCUUUCUUAGGCCCAAUCUACUUCGUCGAGCUUAUCGCGAUCUUGAAACUUAUCGAGACGUUCAAUUUCGUCUUUUGAUGGAAGAUUUUAUGCAACCACUUCGACAAGGCAUGGCCAAAGUGUUAUCUGGGCAGAUUGGGCCGCGGGGUGUCCAGGAAGUGAGGAUUUACUACAACGUAACCUUCAGACGGAGCGGCCUGGUCCAGGACAGACACCUUGUUCCAGAACGCGAAACAUCUUGGCGGUUUUACAAGGUUAAGUUUGAGAGAUUGCCACGAGUAAAUUGGAUCACGAGUCGGCGUCUUAUUCACGGAUCGCUCGUUUGCCUGUGGGACGGAAUGAAAGAAGUCAUCGUAGCCAGCGUUGCAAACAGCCACCCACAAGAACUGGCAGAUGGCCAGGUCACAUUGGCCCUCGAAUCAUCAGACCUGCCAAAUAAUUUCACAGAAAAGGUGUACGUGAUGCUCGAAUCAGUCGUAUUCUUUGAACCCUACCGGGCUGUCCUUAAAGUACUGCAGGAUUUCACUUACGAGUCUUUCCCGAUGUUGGAUUACUUUCUUGGCUUGGAAAAAGGUCAAAUGAUCCCAUCGUAUCUCGCAGACUCACCAGUUUACAUGCUUAGAAAUGAUAAAGAGUCCCCUCUGAGAAUUCAAACCUUAAUGGACUUCACAACCUGGCCAAGUGCUGAAAAUUUGGGUCUGGAUAAGAGACAAUGCGAGGCCUUGCAGCAAGCCCUUACAAAUCGAGUGGCACUUAUUCAAGGACCACCUGGCACAGGCAAAACAUUCUUAGCCCUGCGAAUACUGCGUUCAUUGCUUGAAAACCAAAAUCUCUGGCAAGGAAAAAAUGGAGACAUAGGAAAUCUAUCACCCAAGUUGCAGUUAACCUCAGGGAUGGAUUGGCGGUUAAAAAACAAAAUUUUAUGGAAGAAACAUGGUAAAAACUGGCAAGAUAGCCGAACACCGGUCGUCGUUAUAUGCUAUACGAAUCACGCUUUGGACCAGUUUUUGGAAGGGAUACUUGGCACGACUAAUAAAAUCAUUCGCAUUGGAAGCCAGUCGAAGUCAUCGAAACUGGAAGCUUAUAGUUUGCAUCAAGUUAAAUCCAGAGUCAUGCAAACUCAGCAACAUGGCCAAUACUCCGAUUCUAAUUACCUUUAUUACUUUUACCGAAUGAAAGAGAUACGGGCCAAAAUGGAGGUGCAAAUUGAUGUUAUUCAACGGAAAAUGCGCCAAACACAAUUCGAGAUUCUCCAAGUUGCUGAAUUGAAAGGUAGAGGUGUCAUCAGCGCUGAAAUAUCGGAGGUGUUUGAACACGCAGACCGGCGCCAAUGUAAACAAAAACGUAAAGCCAACAUCCUCAAGUGGUGGCUCGGCUGGUCAAACCAUCGUCAACUGUUUAAAGUACUCCGUGAAAUACGAAUGAAUCAUCGCAAUAGGAGCCAAGUAGCGAAAGCGGCCACAGCUAUGAGAGAGGAAAGCGCCUUUGAAUUUCUACCCGAAGAUAUUGAAAUACCUGACCGUAUUGACAACGACAUGAACGAAGACAUAGUCGACGAUGAAGACUACUCAGAGGAGUUACGUUUGGCCAGGGAAGAAAUCAGCCCUGCAGUGUUGCCCAAUCCUGUUACUGAUAACGUUGAUGAUGGCGAAUAUGUCCCGUGGUGUGAAACCGAAGAAGGCCAUGAAGAUAUGGAGGAGAAAAUAUUCGCAAAUUUCGCCCACAAUCAAAUGGAGAGAAUGCAGUCCAUUCGUGAUUUGCUUUUAGCGAUGCCUUACGAGACUUGCGAGUCGGAAGUUUCAGCCAAUGAAAUCAUGACUAUGCCAUUAAGCAAACGCUGGAUGCUCUUUGCGCAGUGGAAACGCAGCUACCAGGACAUCGUUAACCAAGAUUUACGUGAUACAGAAAAGGACUACGAAGAAAAUAUCAAAGAAUAUAAUGAACUCAAGGGUGAGGCACUUGCUGCUCUUUGUCGUACUGCAGACGUUGUUGGCAUGACCACCACGGGAGCAGCUAAAAAUCGGACACUACUCGAAUCACUUAAAUCCAAAAUAGUUAUCGUGGAAGAAGCCGCUGAAGUUCUCGAGUCGCACAUUGUGUGUUCAUUAACGGCCGAUUGCCAACACUUGAUUAUGAUUGGGGAUCACCAGCAGCUGCGACCGUCCGUGAACGUACACCAGCUGGCAACGAAAUAUCAUUUGGACGUAUCACUGUUUGAACGUCUCAUCAUGGGUGGCAUGAAGGCAGUUAGACUCGGUGUUCAGCAUCGAAUGCGACCUGAAAUAGCACGGUUGAUAGUCCCAGCUGUCUACGCGCAAUUAGAAAAUCACAGUAGUGUCUAUGACCAUCCCCGUAUUCCGGGAAUGCAAAACGACGUGUUUUUCUAUCAUCACAAUCAUCCGGAGAAGGAGGAAGGAAGCAGUUUUUAUAAUCUGAAUGAAGUUGCAAUGGCCCUUCGCUUAGCUCUGUAUUUGAUGCAAGAUAAACAAGUUUCUGGCAAGCGAAUCACCAUCUUGGCUACCUACACCGCACAGCUACAUCAGCUCCUAAUCGCUCGCAAAAAUUACAAAUCGAAUGCAUUGGCCGACGUUCGUAUGACGGUGGUUGACAAUUUCCAGGGUGAAGAGAAUGACAUUAUCAUUUUGUCCUUGGUGCGCAACAACACACGUAACUCUGUUGGCUUCCUGCGCAUUGACAACCGCGUCUGCGUGGCUCUGUCUCGCGCACGCAACGGACUUUACAUUCUGGGUAAUAUCCGUAUGCUGGCCACAGCAAGUCCACUUUGGGAUCAUAUGGAAAAGGUUUUAUUGGAACACGGAGAAAUUGGUGAAGCGAUUCCUCUUCAGUGCCGUUACCACACCCAAACCGUUCAUAAAGUAAUACGUCCUGAAGAUUUUCCUGUUGGAUCGUUUUGUCGUGAAAUUUGUGCAGCUGAGCUGCCCUGCGGCCAUGGAUGUAAACUUACGUGUCACACGGACGGAUCCCAUACGCGAAAUUGUCUCGAAAACGUUGAGAAAACACUGGCUUGUGGUCACAGCCAAUCCAUGCCCUGCUCGACAAAUAUUCUCGAAGUUGCAUGUCACGAACGUGUACCGGUAAUUAUGAAACCGUGCAUGCAUGAACAUUACAUCAUGUGCUCGAAGAAAACAAAUGUUUCAAGAAUUCCCUGUCCCGUCUUAGUACAAAAAUUACUUCCAUGUGGACACAGCCAACAGAUUCCUUGUUCUGUGCCACCGGACGAUUCACUUUGCACAACGGAAAUCGAACACAGGUUUACCUGUUCCCACACUACAAAAAUUCCUUGUUAUCAAUCGAAAAUUCACCAUUUUCUAUUGCAAUUCCCUUGCAAAGAAAUGGUGUGCAAGAAAUUGCUCUGCGGUCAUCCGAAAUGGAUGAAAUGUUCUGACGAUCCAUCAGAAUAUGAUUGUGGCAUAAUGGACGAGAAAAAGUUAGACUGCGGUCACGUUUCGGAGUUCGUCUGUCCUGGAAUACUAAUUGUUAUCCCUUGCCUGGCUACAGUCAACCGUCGAAUGCCAUGUGGACAUACACAAAAGGGUAUAUGUUGCAAACCCAUUGAAAGAUGUCUCCAGGAAAUACUUCGGUCUCUUCCAUGCGGCCAUAGCAUCAAAACCGUGUGUUGGGACACGAAUCCACCUUGCACAACCAUUGUAGAGAAGAUGUUGCGGUGUGGUCACAUGCAUCCUGUCCGAUGCAGUGAGGGGAUUGGUUCAAUUGUUUGCAACCAAGAAACUGAAGUACUCCAUCCACUCUGCUCGCACAUGCAAGUGGUUCCAUGCUCCAUCGCGAACAAUGAAUUUCAACUGCGCCAAUGGAAAUGUAAAGCCGAACCGUUAAAGAUGCUGGAUUGUGGACACGAAAUUCGUCUUCCUUGUGCGCAACAGAUCGACAAGAGCAUCCCUUGCACUGUGAUGAUUAAUUACACCUUACCAUGCCAUCACAUGGUCACCAUUCGUUGCAGUGAGCAGGAGAUAAAAGCCCAAGAAAAAUGUAAAAUCAAAUGUGGAGUACCCCUUGAUUGUGGACACUAUUGUUCAUUACCUUGUCAUGACCGUACAACUGCACAUACUUGUAAAGAAACGGUUUCAAAGCAGUUGAGGUGUGGUCAUACUAAGGACAUGCCAUGUUUCCGUGAGCCAAGCAAAGAAAUAUGCUUUGUACCAAUUUCGUUAAAACGUGCUUGUGGUCACGUUUGGAACGUAGUUUGUGGGGAAGGAUCUUCUUUGGAAGAAAACAUCUGUGGCGAGCUUGUUGAGAAACGAUUACCGUGUAAUCACCUGGCACGUGUUCCGUGCUCUAUUUCUGCUGAAACAGCCUUCUGUAACGUUCGAAUCGAGCAGGUACUAGGAUGUCGACACACGGUUCCUACGAAAUGUGGAGUCCCAUUGGAGAAGAGACUCGCAUUGACUUGUAUUGUCGAAGAGGUGAAGGAAUUGCCGUGUGGCCACAGCUGCCGCAUAAAAUGUGGAUCCAAAGAGAGCAACAAACAAUUGAGAAAUGUCUUCUGUCGAGUUGAGGUUGAGAAGGAGAUUCCGAAAUGCGGGCACAAAGUGAAAGUCGAGUGUGGGAAAAAGGUAUCCAGGAGUGACUGUAUUUCCAUGUGUGAGAGGAAACUGCAUUGCGGACAUCGCUGCAAGCUCAGUUGUCGAGAGCAAUGCGCUACAAACUCGUGUCGACAAGAAGUCGAACUCGAAGGAGUUCCUCUGCCGUGUGGUCAUGGUUUGCGCGGAGAAUGUCGUCUUCGAUAUGCAGAUCAAGCUGUUCUGGACGCUAAGAAGUUAGAGAUGGGCAACUGCACCUUUCCAUGCAAGGCAAAAUUGGCUUGUGGUCAUCGUUGCACUGCAAGUUGCAACGAAUGCCAAGUAAACCAGUUCCAUUCCGCCUGCGUUCAGCGCUGCAAAAAGAUCCUUAUAUGUGGUCACAAAUGCGAAGCGCAGUGUGGCCAAGCUUGUCCGCCAUGCAAAAAACCUUGUGGCUAUCAAUGUUCUCAUCAAAAGUGCGCGGAACAAUGCUGUAAUGAGUGUGUUCCUUGCGAGAAAAAGUGUGAAUGGGAGUGUCCUCAUGCGACAUGUGACCAUCCGUGUUAUGAAUUCUGUAAGCGAGCUCCGUGUGACAAACCAUGCAAAAAAAAGUUUAGUUGUGGGCAUAAUUGUAAUAGUCUUUGCGGUGAAAUUUGUCCGCCCAAAUGCCCGUCCUGUGCUUACGUUAAGAUACCCAACUACAACCCUAAAGCAAGGUAUAUCUAUCUUGAUUGCGGCCACUAUGUCGAAGUGGAAGAAAUGGACGAAUUGAUAUACGGAAACGGUGAGAGUGAAAACAGCGUUUGCAAUAUUCGGUGCCCAUCAUGUCCGCAGUGUGGACAGGCCAUCCGACACUGUUUCCGUUACGGUGACGAAAUCAAAAACUUCUACUUGGAUUUGACCAGUAUCAAAUGGGACGUUACCCAGGACGAUAAAAUGGUUAUCCAACAUAUCGAAAAGAUGCGUAAAUCUUUGAUCAAGCUGAAGGCACCUGGAGUUGAGUUUGAGGCACAAUUGAAUUCAGUCCUUACUCAGGGCGUAUCACUUCGCAGCCUUAGUAGAGAUGAACGUUGGGAUUUAUUGUAUCGCAUGCAAAUCACUUAUCUUUUGUAUUACCUCGUAAAAGACACCACGAAGAAAUAUUCCAUGGAUUCCAUUGAGCAGCCCAAGAAGAAGGACGUCUUUGUAUUGAGCGAAACAUCAGUGGAUUACGUUAAAACUCGGACAUCAAUCGGAUUUAAGUACAUGGAGAAAUACGCAAAUUCUGGCCAAGGAUACUAUCUCGAGUUGUUGAGUGCGUGGAAACGUUUUGAUUUGCAUCGACAAUUAUUUGCUGUAGACACCCUUUCCGCUACAGUACCAGCAUCCGUCCGUGUUGAUCAGAGGCAGCUGGACAAAGCGUCUCAUCUACUUAAGGGGAAUCAGUGGACUAGCAGUGAAGAAAACUACAUUUUGGAGUGGCUUGAUCGCAAGUCAAAGUUUUUUGGUGUUAACUUGGCUAGCUCGGCAAAUAAGACCCUCGUUCAACGUCUCAACAUGAGUAGUGAAUUGUGGGUGAAAUGCACGAUACCGUCCUGCGAGGCGGUUUUUUGUCGUAGCCGCCAUCCCCAAUGUCCUGAAUGCUUGGAUUAAUCUCUCCGGUAAGACAACAUUUUCUAUUUCAUUUUUUUUUAAAUUCUUUAUGUUGGCUUGUUGACUGAUUGUUUUUAACGUUCUUCCUAUUUUACACAGAAAUUGCUUUUCGUUAUUGUGUUUCAAAGCUCUUACAGCAACACUCAAUUUUGAACUAACAUUUUACGCUUCCUAGAUUCUAAACCAAAUGCUCGUGUCAUCAAGAAGUGUAAACAUAAUGAGCCUCAAAGUUGAUGUAAUUUGUGUCUGUCAGGUAGAAAUUAUUCUGUUCUCUGAGUAAUAGCGACUAAUAGAUUGGACCUACUUA